CAGCACUGUACCAGAGGUUCUUUACCCAACACAAAACAAGCAUCGCUUGCCGCUGACUUAACUUUGUUUAUACUUUGUACUUUGCCUGGUCCUUUGAUCAAGGCUCCUUACUUGGUUUUUGUAUAUGACUGCCUAAAGGAAUUAUAUCUACAAAGCAUAAUUGAAGAAAAAAAAGUAUGCGUGUCAAACGUGCGGUAUAAACUACAGAAAUAAACGAUCGAGGGGCUUUUAUUUUAUCUAUAUCUAUACAAAAUACAGAAUAUAUGUAUGAUUUGUUGCUCAUAAGUGUUAUCAAAACUCGGUUUUUUAUGUUGUUUGUAGAUUUAACCUAACCUAACUUACCGAGUCUACUAAAGCAACAUUGAUGUGUGAAAAAUGUAAAUAAAUGGUUGCAGAUCAUUAGGCUGCAUAACAAGAAAAUUAGAAAUGAAUAACAAUAAUUCUGCAAGUGAUCAUCAGUUUAAGAUGAAGAGAAAAAGAAAAAAUUACAAGAAUGAAGAGCAUGACUCAAGCACAAGCAUCUCCAACAAAAAUGUAUUUAACAGUUUCAAGCAAAGUUUAGAGGAAUUUGCGGAUCUAUUAAAUACUGUUGAAAACAAUAAAGAAAAAGAUGCCACAUAUAAAUCACCAUGCAAAAAGAAGAUAUGCACUAGAAAGUCUCUACGAAAUAGUGUAAUCAUUAUAAAUGACAGUGAAAACGAAUUAAAUGAAAAAGACACAGCAGACAAUUCAGUUUGCAUUAUUGAAUCUAGCCCAAACACACGUAGAACAUCUUUACGAUCACAAUCUUUGCUUGGACAGCAAACGAGACAAUUGAAGAAGACUUCAAAUCCAAGGACGAGGUCAAGUGUGAUAUUACUAGAUGAUGAUUCACCUUCUACUUCCUCAGCCAUACAAAAGUCUUCGUUAGAAGAAAAGGAUAUAAAUGGAGAAAAUAUAGCAAACUUGCGAGCAGAGGAUGAUGUUGUGGAAGUAUGGUCAUGUAUGGGUAGGUCCAAUAUAAAUAAGGAAGAGUCUAAAGAAUAUAAAGAUAGCCAGACAGGAAAGAACGCCUUUACUAUCGAUGUAAAACCAGACUUGAAAAAUCUUGAUUACAUAAAAAUAGAUAAGAGUCCUGUACGUAAGGAACGGAAAAAGUGGCGCUAUCAUAAAGAUUUACCAAUUAAAAAAUUAAAUACACAUGAAAUGAGGCGGAAAUUGUUACAUAAAGGACAAAAGACAUAUAAGCAAUCAAGUACAUACAUCAGCAAGAAUCAAAAUAAGAAAAGUGAAAAGGAAAACUCUGAUAGAAAACAUAAACUGAGAGAGAUAAUCAUCGAUGGCUGCAAUGUAGCAAUGGCUCAUAUGAAUGGUCAAAAGUUUUCGGAAGAAGGCAUAAAGUUAAUGGUAAACUAUUUUGAAUCGCGAGGCCACGUUGUAAAAGUUUUUUUACCACAACACGUUCGGGCAAAAAGAUACCAACUUCUCGAAGAAAUGUAUACAAAGGGCAUAGUUGUCUUUACACCAAGUCGCAAUAUCGCCGGCAAACAGAUUACGCCUUAUGACGAUCGGUACAUCCUAGAAUAUGCAACUAAAUGCGAAGGUAUAGUUAUUUCUUCAGAUCAGUACAGAGAUUUGUAUAGAGAAAACCCUGAAUGGCGCGAUACAAUCUUGAAUCGCUUACUAACGCCAACAUUUGUUGGAGAUUAUAUUAUGUUUCCCAUAGAUCCGUUGGGUAAGUCUGGGCCUGAUCUUGAGACAUUUUUAAAACACUAGCACAAUUCUAACGACUUUUGUUGUAGCGUACAUACAUUCGGAUAUGCUUUUUUUGUUUUCUUUUGUUCUUUAUACAAUAUAAAAUAAAUAGAAAAACUGGUACUUUCCUAUUAAAGAAAAAUUGAUUUCUUGUCUUUUUUUGAAAGAUUCAUGCAGUUGCAUUUUUUUUAAUGGAUACAAUUGUGAAAGGAAUUGAUAGUAAAAGAACUUUCAUCGUAA